AUGGAGAAGGCCUCCCGCAAAAACAUAAGUGAGAAACAAGUCAGCAUCAAGGUCAAGACAUCCGUACACGCCUUGAGCAAAACACAGCAGACCAAACUGACUGUGGGCCGCAUGGGCUUAGGCCUGAUCAUCAUCCAGCAUGGGCCCUACCUCCAGAUUUCCCACCUCAUCAAGAAAGGGGCUGCAGCCAAGGACGGGAAACUCCAGCCAGGUGAUGUUCUGAUUACUGUUGGCUAUGCCAAUGUAUUAGGAUAUACUCUUCGAGAAUUUUUAAAGCUUUUACAAUAUAUUACCAUAGGAACGGUGCUACAAGUCAAGGUUUACCGAGGUUUUAUUGACAUACCUGAAGAAUGGCAAGAGAUAUAUGAUUUAAUCCCUGAGACCAAGUUCCCAGUAACACACACACCAAAAAAACCUGAAGAGGCAAAAGAUCAAUCUUUCAUACAUGGUGAUGACAAUGAAGAUGUAGUUUUAGAUAAAAAAUUUAAGUACCAUAAAUCUCCACGGUCAACUGGGCAUCACUCUGCAAGAAGACCGAUAUCCAUCUCCAGAGAAUGGCAUGGAUAUAAAAAGAACAACCAUAGUAUUAGUGUAGGAAAAGACAUGAACAGUGAUGUGGUGAUUCACACAGAGCACAAGAAAGGAACGAGAGCCCCUUCUCCAUACUGGACAAUGGUGAAGCAAGAAAACAAAAGCUCUUCCUCCUCAGCUUCCUCUAUCUCAGAUGUAUUUUGGCUGGAAGACUGUGCCCAAGUUGAAGAGGGUAAAUGCCACGUGGCAUCAAAGGUUGGUUAGGCAGUGGUUUGCAAAAAUGUGAUUACAGAAGCAUUUAUUUUGAAAAUACCCACUUUUUGUGCAUCACUAUGUACAGGUUUGCUGUUCUUACAGGACUAUGUGUAGACCUAGAUUUUCUUCCAUGCCUAUGUUAUAAGCCUUCAGAGACUUUCUUCAAUGUGAUUAUCUAAAGACUUCCCUGAGAUCUUGCAGGCCUCACACA